GUUGAAGUCAUUGAAGUAUUGUAGGUGGGAAGUCAAGAGCGAAACAAGUAAAUUUGCGUCAGCGCUUGGUAAUUAUUUGUUUGAAAGUAUUUAAACGGAAGUUGUACGAAAUAGAAUGAUGUUGAAGCGUUUUAUUAUUUGUUUUUGUUUUGUGGGAAACAAAACAAAAAAGAAAAAAAAAAAAAGAGGUAGAACACAAUCUUUUAUUUAUUUUCAUCUUUCUUUUGUCGUUGUUUCUCUAGAGGAGGAUCUCUGGAAAACCAAAAAAGUCGAUUCUACAAGACGUUGGAACGAUUGGGAGACCAAUUUAAGCAGACUUGGGAACAUAGAAAAGAAAAUCCAUUGGAAUGAAUGAUUCGCAAGAAGCGACUUUUCAACGCUUUCUGUAUCAAGUGUAUGGAAAUGGCACAAUAAGCAAUGGAACAGCUUGCUACCUAUGGAGAUAUCAAAAUUGGCCGAUCAUAACGGAAGAAGGAAAAAUUUUGAAUGGAAUGAAUUGUGACAGCCCAGUGAAGAAGCUGGCGGGACACGGGGCGGUUGGGAUCGUGUCUGCGUGCCUUGGGUUUCUAUUAAUCCCGCUAGUGUUUAUGAACAUUGGAAAGUUUGGUGUAGCGGGAGCGACGAAAGGAUUCCAGAGACGAGCGGAAUUUUACUGGUUGAUUUUGUUGAUUCUUGUGCUGGCGGUAUCGGGGUUUGCGUACAUUGACGUGGACCGAAGCGUGAUUCAAGGAAUGUCGCUUUGCAUUUUUUCGUUUUGCUUUCACUCCAACGUACCGAUCCUAGUGUUGGUGUAUUGGCACUAUGUGAGUACGUUUGGAUUUAUACGCUGGCGAGAGCGAACGGUGGUUGGACAGGAAAUGGAUGGGAAUCGACGUAUGCAAAGGAUAGAGAAAAUGGAAUACGGAAUGCCUGUGGUAGUGUACAUACUUUCGAUGAUUGGAUUUUUGCUAGCAGGCUUUCAUUCGUGGGGAAAGCUAGCGCGAGGAGAGGAAAGUGUGGCGACGGAUGCGCGUUUUAAAGCGUCGGCGAUUUUGAAUUUGCUAGGAUAUUUAUGCUGUGAAGGAGCGUUUUGUAUGUACUUGAUUGAAUUUGGACGGGACCGAAGAAAACGAUGGAUGAGUGUGAAUGCGGGAGGAUUGAUGGUGCUUAUACGAGAGGUGUAUGGAUGUGUAUCAAGUUGGAAUUACCAUUGGAAUCCGAGCAAUCCAAAAGUGAAUCCAGGAAUUGCGUUUGGACUUGGAUAUAUGCCGGAGCUGCUUUUGGGAUUGGUGAUUUGCUUGUAUGGACUAUUUACGCCAGGAAUAGCACAGGUGGAACGGCUAGCAUUAGAAGAAGCAGAAGAGGAAAAAGAAAAAGAAAACGAAAACGAAAGUGGAACAGGAACGGGAACAGGAACAGGAACUGUACACGAAAAUGAACAAGAAAGAGGAGAGCGAGCAAGAAUGGAAUCUAGAAACGCUGGGGCGGCAAGAGAGACAAUGGCAUCUACGAUGAUGAUGAUGCCUGGAAGAGUGUCUACAGGAUUACCACCUCCGCCGUAUCAAGAAGUAUUUGUGAGUGAGAUGGGAAAUCAUGACGAAGGAGAAAAAGAUGAACCCAUGGAGGUGAGAAUUGAAAGAAAGGACUGACUUUUGUAU